CCCUCCCCCGCCCGGGCUGCUCUGUGGGCCGGGGCGCCGUGGGCUCGGCGGGGGAGCCGCGCCGCAGGAGCGUCAGACACGGUGUGAGCUUCCAUCCAUGCUCUUCGCUGACUCUCAAGGGUUAGGGCAAGGCCUUGCCAAACUGUUUCAGGAAGUGCUUCCCAUCCGGGGCCCCAUUGUAGCAAAGUUGGCGAGGAGGUUGGCCUCGGGAGAUGGCCUCCGGGGCCCCAGCACUGCUGCUGCUGUCGCUGCUCUGUCUGCCCGGUCUCCCGCCCGGAUCCACCAGCUGCCCGGCUGCCUGCCGCUGCUACAGCACCACGGUGGAGUGUGGGGCCCUGGGGCUGCACGUUGUCCCGCCAGGAAUCCCGCCUGGGACACAGACGCUGUUCCUGCAGGAUAACAGCAUCUCAUGCCUGGAGCUGGGCAUCCUGGCACCCCUUGCCGCCCUUCACAGUCUCUACCUGCACAACAACAGCCUUCGCACCCUGGAGCCAGGCACCUUUCACGCACAGUCACGCCUGCUGGAGCUCGCACUCACAGGCAACCAGUUGCGAGGCCUGCGCCUGGGGGCUUUUGCAGGCCUGGCUCAGCUGCGCAUACUCUACCUGGCUGGUAACCAGCUGAUGCAGCUGCUGGACUUCACCUUCCUGCAUCUGCCGCGACUGCAGGAGCUGCACCUGCAGGAAAACAGCAUUAAGCUGCUGGAGGACCAGGCCCUGGCCGGGCUCUCCUCACUGGCACUGCUGGACCUCAGUAGGAACCAGCUGGGCACCAUCAGCCAUGAGACCCUGCAGCCCCUGGCCAGCCUGCAGGUCCUACGCCUCACAGAGAACCCAUGGCGCUGUGACUGCGCGCUGCACUGGCUGGGAGACUGGCUCAAGGAGGCGGGGCAGAGGUUGCUCAGCUCCAGGGACAGGAAGAUCGUGUGCGCAGAGCCUCCACGCCUGGCCCUCCAGAGUCUCCUGGACGUCUCUGGCAGCAGCCUCAUCUGCAUCCCACCUUCUGUGCACGUUGAGCCGCUGGAGGUGACAGCCAACCUGGGUGAGAACCUGCGGGUUGCCUGCCAGGCUUCCGGCUACCCGCAGCCCCUGGUAACCUGGAGAAAGGUGGCCCAGCCUCGCGAGGGACAACCACGGGCCCAGGCCCCCCCCCAAGGCGGGGUGCCAGGCCCAGGCGGGCACGGAGCCUCCGACACGGGCAGCGGCAUGCUCUUUCUCACCAACAUCACCCUGGCCCACGCUGGCAAGUACGAGUGCGAGGCCUCUAACGCCGGCGGCGCCGCUCGGGUGCCCUUCCAGCUCCUGGUCAACAUGCACGGACCUGCGAGGGACCAGGGGAGGGAGAGCAGCCUGGAAGACAGUGUUACCGGGGCCAUACUGGGUGUGGCAGCAGAGCCAGGGGCAACUCGCUGA